AUGGCAGCCAUGGUCCCCGCAGUGCGCUGGCAGGAUGUGGGCGGCCUGCAGCAGGUGAAGAAGGAGAUCCUGGACACCAUCCAGCUCCCUUUGGAGCGCCCGGAGCUGCUCUCCCUGGGGCUGCGGCGUUCCGGCCUGCUGCUCUAUGGACCGCCGGGAACCGGGAAGACCCUCCUUGCCAAGGCUGUGGCCACAGAGUGCGCCAUGACCUUCCUCAGUGUUAAAGGUCCAGAACUCAUCAACAUGUAUGUUGGCCAAAGUGAGCAGAAUGUCAGAGAAGUGUAA